UUUUAUUCAUUGGCACGAUUCAGCUAAUCAACAAUCAUGGCUUUGGAAGAACCCCUUCAGCUUCACUUUGUCAUGUUUCCAUUAAUGGCGCAAGGCCACAUGAUCCCUAUGAUGGACAUUGCAAAGCUAUUGUUGCAGCACAAGAACGUUACCAUCACAGUUGUGACAACACCAAGCAAUGCAUCACGCUUCACAUCAACCUUUGCCCGUUACCAUAUGAGAGUGCUUGAACUUCCAUUCCCAUCCAAACAAGCUGGUUUGCCAGAAGGCCUGGAGAACAUGGACAUGCUACCUUCCACUUCCAUGACCAUGAAAUUUUUGAACGCAACAAAGUUUUUCCGCGAACCCGUGGAGAAGCUUCUAGAAGAUCUAACACCGCCACCAAGCUGCAUCGUCUCUGAUAUGAACUUAUCAUACACUAGGCACAUCUCUAGCAAGUUCAACGUUCCCAGAAUCUCUUUCGGUGGCGUAAACAACUUCUUCCUCUUGUGUCAACACUGUCUCCAUGUCUACAAUGUUAGCGAGAGGGAGCGCGAAACCGCUGAAUCGGACUACUUUGUUUUGCCCGGUGUCCCUGACAGACUCCAAUUUACCAAGGCGCAGAUUCUGUUCAACCUGGACGAAAGCUGGAAAGAGUAUAACGACGAAAUGAUGGCGGCGGAGGCGGUUACUUACGGCGUAAUCAUGAAUUCCUUUCAAGAGUUGGAGCCUGCGUAUGCCAAGGAAUACAGCAAGAUUAGAAACAACAAAGUCUGGUGUAUUGGCCCUGUUUCACUAAGCAACAAGGAUCAAGUGGAUAAGGCGCAAAGAGGAAAAAGUGUUUCGAUGGAAGAGUGGCAUCAUUUGAAGUGGCUUGACUUGCAGAAACCGGAGAGUGUAAUCUAUGCAUGCCUUGGAAGUGUAACCAGUUUGAUUCCAUUGCAGUUGAUAGAGCUUGGUUUAGCUUUGGAAGCGUCGAGAAAACCCUUCAUCUGGGUUAUAAGGGAAGGAAGACAGUUAGAAGCUUUGGAAAAAUGGAUGAAGGAAGAUGGAUUUGAAGAAAGAUGUAAAGAUCAAGGUGUUGUAAUUCGAGGUUGGGCUCCUCAGCUGCUAAUAUUGUCACACCCUUCCAUUGGAGGGUUCAUAACACAUUGUGGUUGGAACUCUACCUUAGAAGCCGUGUGUGCCGGUGUACCAAUGCUUACGUGGCCGCAACUUGGAGACCAAUUCUUCAAUGAAAAGUUAAUUGUUCAGAUAUUGAAAGUUGGAGUAAGGGUUGGGGUGGAGUGUCCUGUUACGUGGGGGAAGGAAGAGGAAAUUGGUGUGCUGAUAAAGAAGGAAGAUGUUCAAAAUGCAAUAGAGGAGUUAAUGGAUGAGAGUAUUGAAAAGGAAGAAAGAAGAAAAAGGAUAAGAGAGCUUGCUGAGAUGGCUAAGAAAGCUGUAGAAAAAGGUGGGUCUUCUCACUCAAAUGUGACUCUCCUUAUCCAAGAUAUUAUGCAAAGGGAGAGACCUUAAUUUCUCUAAUGGCUUUUUUAAAUUUGUUUAGGAGAGUCAAUUUUAUAUUUUUGUUUCAACAACAGUGUUAUAUAUCUGAGCUUAUCAUUGCUAUUAAGUUUUAGUUUCAUCAGUCA